AUGACGACACCACUUGCCGUCUUCAAGGUUACGCUGAUUGAAAGCACAGGGGAGGAGGAAUACAGGAAAAAAAUAUCACGGAAGGAAACAACGGCACAACUUUGUGUCGGCCUGAUUCAGAAAAUAAAAAAAAAAAAUGGAAAUUGGAACAAACUAAUUGGCAAUUCAUAUCUCUCCGCCAUCAUCCUCAGGCAACGCAUAGAAGAUGGGUGCGCCGCCCCGGCUGGCUCGAUGUCUGCGCGAUCGCAGUGGAUACGUUUGGCUUCGUGUGGGGCCUUCAUUCGUUGUUUCUCCACCAUCCUCGGCGUCGUCUGCUUCACUGGCGUUGCAAACCCCCAGCUCAUCAUCAUUGAUCACCUGCGCGUCACCCUCCGUUUCUAUCCCGGCGCGNCGACUUUGCGUCAACCGCAUAUAUAA